AUGUUACUGUACUACUUCGCGAGCGCGGUCAAGUCCAUACAGUUCCACGUCGACGAUGACAUCAUCGACAAGCUCAACUACUAUUACACCACGGCCAUCAUUACGG